AGUGCCAUGAUUGCUGACUGGGUGUACUGGCUGUCCGGGGGCUCAGAGGAACACAUAAGCAAGCUCAUCAAACUGUAUUGGCAGGUGAGAACAGAUGGCCACAGAGCAGAGACGAGGGGCCCACCGCCCAAUCAAAAGCUCAAUGAAUGAUUAUUGCUUAAAAGACUGCCGACUGAGGUUGCUCUUUGCAUAUCAAUCAGGCAGAACGCUGCAUAGCAGUAAACGGUUUCUAAUUAACCAGAGCACAGCGGGGUGGCGCCUAGUGAACCUAACCUCAACACUGGCAAGCAAAGGUCAUCCAUGAAUCAGCCUCUAGACUACUGUAUGGUUACACAAACAUUGUCCACUCUCUAAUCUAAUCUUAAUGACCUCCACCACUACUAUCACACAAUUUACAGAAUUGACAGAAUACAUGUCAUGUGUUUGCUAUGUUUUCCAGUUUUUACUUGCCUGGCAUAUGUCUAGCGUCAUAACCAUGUAGUGCUGAAUAUAAACCCCAAGCUUUGUACAUCAGUUUCCAUAAGAUGUUGGAGGUUGGCGAAGGGACACAUGCAAACAUAGAGGGAAUUACACUCGCUGAAGUUGCUUUUCUGCACUUCAAGUUUAGCAGAGGAAAGGUGCAGAGUUUUUUUUUAAUUCGGAGGGCAAAAUGAAUGCUUUUGACCUUGAAAGUGGGUUUGUACGGAUCUGCAUUCGCUUGAAAUUGAGCCACGAUUUCCAUUCGCUUGAAGUGAGAUGAGUGUGGAAUAGCUUUUAGUAUACAGUACAUCAAGCACCUUCCGUUUUAUUCAUUUCCGUCCCAUGUGAAUUUCAAUACGUCUGUGUGUGUUUAUCCUGACGGCCCUUAAACUAGCUCCUAACAUCACAAACAGCCUUCUACCCACUCUGGGUUUCAAGUCCCUCAGUGAGAGGCACAGAUUUAGAACCACACUACCUCCACUUUGAAUGUUUCCUUUGUCAAAUUAGCAGGGGAGAAACUUCAGCCUUGUAUUGACGUCAAGGAGGCAUUUUGUUUUUCUAUCGCAUGUCCUUUUUUUGUAACGAUUUUAAUAGAUAAUAUUUUCAGCUAACUCAUUAUAUAUUUUAAUGCGAUACUGUCUCACUAAACAUGCACAUGGAAAUUGAUGUUAAUAUAAAAUCUGUUAGAGCCCUAGCUGUGGCAUUUGUUUCAGUGUGAUACAUUUUCUUUCCUGCUGACAAAUGGCUCAGAAGUUCUCCAUUGCUACAUCAAAACGCAACACCCCCAAAUUGAAUCAAUGGCCGUAAGUACUGUAGGAAGAUAAUGUUGUGUUUCUCUGGGUGGUCAGACUAAUGAAGCCUCAGCUCUUUCUUCUUCACUUAUCAAUAGAGGUGAUUAAUAAGGUAGCUAGCUAGCGAUCUGAAACUCAAAAUGAACUCAUUGACAUAUUACUGUAAUCUGCUUAUUCUAAUGUCAUCCGAAAUAAUAAGUGGAUGGAGAGCUGAAUUGUUUGGUAGGGUAAUAUUUCCCUUUAGUACCAGACAAAUGUCAAAGGUUAUGGGAAAGCCAAAGCCAUGCUAAUCCCCAAUCCAUAAUCUGUUCCCUCUCAUUCAGUGUGGAUUUAAACGGGGAAUAGAUUAGUCUAGGAACACCGUUAGUUUCCCAGUUGCAAUGUUUUAUUCAUCCCAACAACCCAAUGGAAAGCAUAGCAAUGUGAAAAUUCUUAAACAUUUUCUUGUUUACAAUUUUUUAAAAUCCCAGUCUAUGAAAGCACAGAAAACAGUGAGAACAAAUGCAACCUUGAAUGGCCAAAUCAGUAGAUCUACUGUAGCAGCUCUUGUAGCAGCCUGAACAAUUCAAUCAGCUCUGCUUUUAGUAACUUUAAUCAUUUUAGGAGUGUCUACCUCUGAAUAAGGAAAUCAGGGGAAUGAGUCACGUUGAUAACAAUGGUGCUCUCUCACCCCUCCUACUCCUUUUCCUCCCUCUCUUACUCUCUUCCCUCCCUCUCACGACUCCACAAUCCCAGGCUCUGUUGGACGAUGCGAUCACCAUGGAGGAUGGUUUCUCUGUCAUGUACACCCCGCACUCUGCUGGGGACUCCGUGGGGGAUUGCAUCGCCAUGGCUGAGGAGACCUUCAGGAAACAGCACCCCGCCUUCACAGACUACCUGUUCACAGGUAUGGAAUAUAGACCAGGGGGAAUGGGAGCGAGGCUUAGACUCUCAUCUCUAUGAGAUUCAUCCUUUAGAAAUGACAGAGCUCCCUCCAGUUGAAGUAGUGAGUGAGAUGAACCUUGUUUGCCCCCACACCUUCCUCUCAUCAGGAGGCCGUACUGUAACCUGUUCUCCUCACUGUCAGCCUGCAGCUCAGACUAGUCGGGGUGGAACACACACACUGCCAGUGCCUCAAUUAACCUGCCCUGCCUUCACUUCGCCUCAUCUUUCCACCAUCCCCUCCUAUCCAAAACAAAUGCAUAUCUACAGACCCCUGCCUAGUUCAAAUAAAUCCCCCUCUACCGUGGUUUAGCCACGUUGGCUGGUUACCCCCCCAUGGGCUGUCUGUUAAAUCCCCCAAGGAAGUGUGUUCCAAUUUGAGAAGUGCUGUUCCAUUAACUCUUAAAGAUGCAGUCCAUGAUCUUAACCACUUACAAAUUCGUAACAUAUUGUACAAAUUGGAAUUCGUAACGUAUCAUACAAAUUGCACAAAAACAUUUAUAAUUUUUUUUAAAUUGCAGGACGUAACAUAUUCGAAAUGGAUGACAUAGUACACAAUUGUGCAACAAUUUCGGGGAGCACUACUUUUAAAACUACUGGCUGAAAUAAUACAAAACCAAUGGAGACUCACUUUAAUUACCCUCUGCACUGAGACAUGGGCUCUGAAUGGUGCAUGUGUCCGUGGGCAGGUCCGAUUUCCCAAACUGCCAUGAGGCGAGGCUUGAGGUACAGUGUUCAGGAAGGUCAUCAGCAGGAAUGGUUGGAAGAGGGGAGGAGAGAAGAGGGGAAGGAAGAGGGAAGGGUAGUACCCACAGACAGUGGAUGAAAAGGGCUAAGGAUCUCUGAAGGCCUUGAUUAAAGUUAGACUUGCGCUCAGUUCUCUGCUUCCACCCAGCCAGGAUAACAAGCCAGGCCAGUAACCCCCAGUGACACAGGUCAGAGAGGAGUGGGGAGUGCUCUCUGGACCAGCCUCAUCAGUAACACCACCACACAGGGGAGGGAGAUAUAUAUAUAUAUAUACACACACACACACACACACACACACACACACACACACACACACACACAAAGACUGAAAGAGGAACAUUCACUUGAGUUGCUCCAGAAGUCUAGGCCACUGUACAUUAGCACCAUUAUUAUUAUUAUAAGACUCAGUGAGUCUUUCUGAAGUAUAUUGCUUUUUUGUAUUGUACAUUCACCAUGGAAACUCUGUAUUCAUAGACACAGCAGGGAACCCAUCAUCCAUCCAUCACCACUCUGUGGGUGAGUGUCUGUCUGGGGUGAAUCCUUUUAAGGCUAAUAGAAUUAGUCUGUCUCUCACACAUACUGUGCGUUAUAUUAGUCAUAUACAAAGAAAACUGAUUGGAUUCUAUUGAUUUGAGAGGAACAUGGUAGUACCUAUUAGAGUUGCUUCAAUGCAGAUGUAAAUGAGCUGUUAACUAAAUGUGGUGCAACAUAUCACUUCUCACUUCUGAGAUGUACUGUAUGUUUUUGAUGUACACUGUCCCUGUCCAAAUAAACAUAAUAAAUAAAUAGAUUAAGAUUUACCUUGAAUGUAUUCAUGUUAAUUACCCAGCCCUCCUGUUCCUCUCUGCCUGUCCCCCAGACCCCAGUGGAUGUCACCUGCUGCCCCAGACCACAGACUGGAGCAAUCCCCCAUCCACCCAGCAGAAAUACGUCCUCACCCUGGGCUUCAGGAGGGGACAGGACGGCAGCUUUCUCAGCAAACUCACCAGCAGGACCUGCCCCUCUUUCACAGCUACAGGUACUGUACAUCUAUCUCACUGACGCGUGACACUGCUGGCACACACAGAACACAGAAGUCUGUUGCUAGCAGCUGUAGCCACUGAGUUUGUUGUGCCGGCUACUGCAAUACUUACCAACUCUUAACUCAUGUAUGCCUUUCAGUUUGUAAAACUAUUUUUCAAUUUUGGAGUUUGUACAUCUGUUGGUCAUGCUUGUUUUAUUAUGAACUGAGAGUCGAUAGAGUUGUUUUCUGAAGUGGUUGCAGAUGAUGUAGAAUAUUGAAGUAUGCAGACAGACAGUUACAAGUCAGUGAACACCCUUGACAUCACACAGAGUGGUACAACUGUGACCUAACCCUUGAUCUGGUGAUCAUGUCACACUGUCAGCUCUGUGUCCUCACAGCACCUUCAUACUCACAACACCAAAGAGAUCCCACACACACACACACAUUUUCUCUAAAACAGACACACACUUUUCAGAAUGAACAAACAGCAAUGCUGCCGAGAUACAUCAUAUUUAUUAGCGACUAUUCAGGCAGGGUUGUUGCAUACCACAGUACUGCAGGCUUAGAACACUAAGUCGGAUGAUGGUAUGGAAAUUGACCACAGGCUUUCAGUUCAUUACAUUACUCAGCUGGGCAAUUUUGGAAUUAGUGGAUUUGUCAUUUGACCCCAGUCAUCUUGCAUUCAUUACGUCAAGGGGGACAGGUGAAAUAUUGACACUGUUGGAAUGGAACAGAAAUAAGAGAUCUAGCGUCUGUAUUAUGCAUUAACAUUACACUUCACAUGGUCUAGAGCAGUGGUUCCCAACCUUUUUUGGUUACUGUACCACCAACUCAAUUUUGCCCUUGCCGGAGUACCCCUGAAGUACCCCCUCAUGUGCAUUUUACCAGUAGGCCUAUGGUCUCAUGAGUCUUCUCAAGUACCCCCUGUGGAUUGGCCAAGAACCCCCCAGGGGUCCUCGUACCCCUGGUUGGGAACCACUGGUCUAGAGAGAGCAUACAGGAGAGAUGUUGUAGAAUUGACUGCUCUGCACUAACAAAGAUUAUAGAUGUAAUCUCCAUGUGAGUGUGUGUGUGUGUGUAAGCCGGCUUCUAUCUUUGUCUGCUUGUUCAGUUCCUCGGUAGAGGAGUGGACAGACAGAGCUGAGGAGGUCAACUGUGCUGUAGUCGUCUGCUCUGUGCUCUGUUAAAAGGGGUGGGGGUAGACGGGGGGGAAAUCGAUGCCUUUGUGUAAUGUAUCAAAGACAUGGGCACUGCAUGGGUCUGUUAAGCCAUCGGUCAUUUGCCGCUGGUGCAGGGGGGGUGGCUUCUGAGCUCACCAUAAGGGGAUGUCACCACUGCAGUGUGCGUGUGUGCUGCUGCUGCUCUGUGUGAGUCAAAAACACAGAACCAGACACACCAUCAAUCCUGCAUCUCUGAUGAAGAGCAGUUGCCUACAGUACAUUGUUAUUUUGACUGAAGGAGCUAGUCUAGAUUUGUUUUUGCUAGACUAGCUAUACAUACUGAAGUACAGGUACAAUAAUUGAUAGUGUCUUAAACCAUAGUGUUGAUUAGCUGUAAUUUAUGUGUACUAAAGUAAGCUGAGUUUGAGUUUAAAGCUGAGUCUGUGGAUGUUGACUGUAUGUUUAUUUGUUUGUUUGUUCAGGACCCAGCGCCUCAUUCAGCCCCAGUAGCCCAGAGGACAUGGAGCGGCUGUGUGACACGUUCAGCAGGAGGAUCCUACCAGUCUUAGAUUUUAUUAAGUGCACCAAACUAGCUGUGGGUAUACGGUUACAUGCUUUGAGUGGAGGAAAAUAGAGCAACCAGAAUCGAUAGAAAGAUAGGUCCUAUAAGGUCCUUAGGCGCUACUAUAAAGAGUGAUGCUGUACUGGUAAACACUCCUGAUAGCAACAAAAGGUGCUGAAACACUGUGCACCACGUGCGUUAUCUGUCAAUUACCCUCUCUUCUCGCUAAGCACAGGCAGGAUGCUGUGAAGGUUAUCACGCCUCGGUCGUGGCUAGGUUGAUAUAGACUCAUUUCCCUGUGCCUUGGUAAGAGACUGCUAGGCAGCAGCGUUAAGAGACGGCUAGGCAGCAGCGUUAAGAGACGGCUAGGCAGCAGCGUUAAGAGACGGCUAGGCAGCAGCGUUAAGAGACGGCUAGGCAGCAGCGUUAACAUUUUACAUUUUACAUUUUAAGUCAUUUAGCAGACGCUCUUAUCCAGAGCGACUUACAGUUAGUGAAUACAUAUUUUUUAUUUUCUUAUACUGGCCCCCCGUGGGAAUCGAACCCACAACCCUGGCAUUGCAAACGCCAUGCUCUAUCAACUGAGCUACAUCCCUGCCGGCCAUUCCCUCCCCUACACUGGACGACGCUGGGCCAAUUGUGCGCCGCCCAUGAGUCUCCCGGUCGCGGCCGGCUGCGACAGAGCCUGGAUUCGAACCAGGAUCUAGUGGCACAGUUAGCACUGCGAUGCAGUGCCUUAGACCACUGCGCCACUCAGGAUUAAGAGACGGCUAGGCAGCAGCGUUAAGAGACGGCUAGGCAGCAGCGUUAAGAGACAGCUAGGCAGCAGCGUUAAGAGACGGCUAGGCAGCAGCGUUAAGAGACGGCUAGGCAGCAGCGUUAAGAGACAGCUAGGCAGCACUGGUAAGAGACGGGUAGGCAGCACUGUUAUGAGCUGGAGUAAUCUGUCAUAUUCUUCAAGCAAUGUUUGUUCAGAUGCAUCACAGUAACUGUAACUUCAUUUCAAACGCUUUCACACGUAGUUUGUAAUUUAAUGUGGCAGUAGUAUACCCACUUAUUUCCUAAAAUCCCUGGAAUUGGUGGAGUAAGAAAAUGUUCUGUAAUAGCGCAACAAUGGUUGUUUAUUUCAGGACAUAAUGUGGAUCAUGAUUACUACAUUUUCAAAGACUACAUUUCCACAAUGAAGAUGAGUUCUAGGAGGACUGUGGUGUCCUUGAUGUAUUUUGUUGUUACUUUAAUCAUCCUUAUAAAGAGGAAGACCAUAGAAACAUGUAAAAGGAAAGUACAGGUUAUGUGGAGAGCAGAACUAAACGUACACAAGGCUCAUCUCUUUGAGAUCUGAGAGGAACUAAUGAUCGCUUUUUCUAAAGGAUAAUUUGAUGUCAUUGAUUCACUCAUAGCAGCUCUCUCUUGCUCACCUGAAGAGAACCACACACACACACAUACAUACACACCCCUUUCUACCCAUGUAUGUACUAUAGCCAUUAGUUGUACGGCUAUUCAGUGAUGAAUUAAGGUGUGUGUUUUGAAAGGGAAUGAGCAGUAAUGAAUGGAGUAGCAUGGAGUUUCAGAUUGGCUUGUAACAAAGACUUUGUUGGGAGGUUGUUUGCACUGUCGUUGUUGUUGUUGUUGAGAUGUGCUCGUCCCUAGUAAUUGGAGUGCUCAUUUCUUGCAGUGCAGGCCAGACCAGUUCCCUGAUUGGUGUGCUGUGUCUCGAUCCUGUCUCAGGAUUACUAAGCAGCAUGUGGCCUAAGGGAGUCACACAAUCGUAUCACACACAUGCACACACAUUCACACACACAGACAGGGAGACACACACAGACAGAGAGAGAUACACCCAGAGCGAGAGAGACACACAUACUGCUCUCCCCUCGUGGCCCCUGGCAGCAUGGCUGCAGGUCAAGCGGACUCUUCGCCACCACAUAGACGGCCCUGUCACCGACAAACACACUCUCUCUCUUCCCACUGCUCUCAAUAAUUCAACUGGCUGAUCACUGACCCCUUUUUUUCUCCCCUUAAGAUGGACAAUGCAAACUAAAGAGGAGAUUUCAUUUGGAGCCGCACAGCAGAGCUCUGGCUGUCGAUUUCAGAAGCAUCAUGAUUGUAUUACAUCUGCAUCUGUGACACCGGCUCUAUGAGCUGCAGUGACACAAUGGUUAUUAAAUUAGUCACUCUGCAGCUGAGAAGGCUCAAAGAAAUCCUAUUAUGUUGCUAUUGAUAAAAACGUGAUCUUUCAUCUGCAUUCUGUUAUGAUGCGUCUAGACAAAUUUGGUUUGAACACCCUCCAACAAUUAGUGCACACAAUGCUAAAUUAUGUGUAAUUUUGAAAUUGGGAUGGGUUUUUCACGUCUGCUACUUUAGAUGUAGUAUUUUAAAAGAUUUGUUCAUGAAAUACAUCUGGGUCAGGGUUAAACUCCUCAUAUAGGAACAGUUUAUGCUAACAUACAGCGAUGUAGCUGAAAAUACUUUACUGUAGGCACCAACAAUUAGAUAAUCUGCGUAGUUUAACUAGCAACAUCAUACAUGCAGGAAAAGCAUUGGCAUAGAGGUGGUAGUAAAACGAAUUUAAAUACUGUACAUAAUUACUAUAAAAAUCUAACUCUAUUGCUGCACUGUUUGCCCUUGUGCUGAUCUGCUCUGUAGCAUCCCAAACAUUGCAUGCGAAGGGUGGGGGGGAGUAGUACAAGAAAAUAAUUAUAUGAAAUAUUCAGGGAGAGCUAAACAAAACAGCAUAGCUUGUAAAGGAAUGUGUUGUUUUUUCCCUCCUUGGGAUGUUGAAAGUAAACCGAGAAGGGUGGCAGGCCGGGACAAAACAAAACCUUGAGGGCUGUGAGAGGAGGGGAAGAGUCCCACAAAAAGAAAAAGGAGGUGCUUCUACGAGUUGUAUUUCUCCCAUGUUUCCUUGUUUCUCACAUGCUGUGUUUGUUCCGAGACAUCAGGCAGGUUUUUCCCCAGGUUCUGGGCUUGUGGAGAGGCUGCAGUAUGCUGGCUACCUGGGACAGAUCCAACGCAGCAGGGAGCAGACCUCCAUCCUCCACCAGGCGCUGGCUGAGCUCGCUGUCGCCCCCUACCUGCAGGACCUCAGCCACGCAGAUACCACUCUGGUAAACAACUAGCGGUCUCUGGCCAAACUUUGAUAUGCCUACCGAGUACUGACUCAUCCUCUGUGCACUGACACGAAACAGGAUGCAGCAACCUCAACAUCACUCUGGUAAUAUCAGAGGCGGUACAGGGGUGGAUAAGAGGUCUCUCCUGGGCCUGAGGUGAUGUUAUCUAGGAUCACUUUAACAGCACACGUGAAAAAAAAAAACUAGGAUAAGAGAGAGAGAGAGACCUUUGCUUUUCCAGAGAGAGUAGAUAACAGGAGGGAACAGGGAAACAGAAAUGGAAGAGGUGGUGUAUGCAAGUCUCAUUCAGGUAUACAGUUUGCGGUGAUGCUGAAGCUCUAUAAUUGUCUCUUUACUAGAUUAGAGCCGCACAUUGGCUGUGAUAUUGCAACCAAAUCUACCAUGAAUAGAGACCAGGGGAGAGGGGCCAUGUUUGUUUAGGCAACAACAGCCAUGACAACUUCUACUACCACAGAUAUUACAGUACAGUAAAGGGGUCGCCUGUCGCAAACACUGGAGCCAUGACGAUGUGCCUCCUUUCAACAGGUAAGGAGCAAAAUAAUUAUAUUUCUGUCAGUGAAUCAAUUUAAAUACCCAGCUCUUCUAGUGGAUGUAAAUGGGUAGUUUGGCACAUUCACUCAGUACUGGGAGCCUGGGAGCUGCUCUGCUGUUCGUUUUAAUAUACAGUGAGGGAAAAAAGUAUUUGAUCCCCUGCUGAUUUUGUACGUUUGCCCACUGACAAAGACAUGAUCACUCUAUAAUUUUAAUGGUAGGUUUAUUUGAACAGUGAGAGACAGAAUAACAACAAAAAAAUCCAGAAAAACGCAUGAGGGAAAUAAGUAUUUGACCCCUCUGCAAAACAUGACUUAGUACUUGGUGGCAAAACCCUUGUUGGCAAUCACAGAGGUCAGACGUUUCUUGUAGUUGGCCACCAGGUUUGCACACAUCUCAGGAGGGAUUUUGUUCCACUCCUCUUUGCAGAUCUUCUCCAAGUCAUUAAGGUUUCGAGGCUGACGUUUGGCAACUCGAAUUUUCAGCUCCCUCCACAGAUUUUCUAUGGGAUUAAGGUCUGGAGACUGGCUAGGCCACUCCAGGACCUUAAUGUGCUACUUCAUGAGCCACUCCUUUGUUGCCUUGGCCGUGUGUUUUGGGUCAUUGUCAUGCUGGAAUACCCAUCCACGACUCAUUUUCAAUGCCCUGGCUGAGGGAAGGAGGUUCUCACCCAAGAUUUGACGGUACAUGGCCCCGUCCAUCGUCCCUUUGAUGCGGUGAAGUUGUCCUGUCCCCUUAGCAGAAAAACACCCCCAAAGCAUAAUGUUUCCACCUCCAUGUUUGACGGUGGGGAUGGUGUUCUUGGGGUCAUAGGCAGCAUUCCUCCUCCUCCAAACACGGCGAGUUGAGUUGAUGCCAAAGAGCUCGAUUUUGGUCUCGUCUGACCACAACACUUUCACCCAGUUCUCCUCUGAAUCAUUCAGAUGUUCAUUGGCAAACUUCAGACAGCCCUGUAUAUGUGCUUUCUUGAGCAGGGGGACCUUGCGGGCGCUGCAGGAUUUCAGUCCUUCACGGCGUAGUGUAUUACCAAUUGUUUUCUUGGUGACAAUGGUCCCAGCUGCCUUGAGAUCAUUGACAAGAUCCUCCCGUGUAGUUCUGGGCUGAUUCCUCACCGUUCUCAUGAUCAUUGCAACUCCACGAGGUGAGAUCUUGCAUGGAGCCCCAGGCCAAGGGAGAUUGACAGUUAUUUUGUGUUUCUUCCAUUUGCGAAUAAUCGCACCAACUGUUGUCACCUUCUCACCAAGCUGCUUGGCGAUGGUCUUGUAGCCCAUUCCAGCCUUGUGUAGGUCUACAAUCUUGUCCCUGACAUCCUUGGAGAGCUCUUUGGUCUUGGCCAUGGUGGAGAGUUUGGAAUCUGAUUGAUUGAUUGAUUGCUUCUGUGGACAGGUGUCUUUUAUACAGGUAACAAGCUGAGAUUAGGAGCACUCCUCACACUUUGAGUGUGCUCCUAAUCUCAGCUCGUUACCUGUAUAAAAGACACCUGGGAGCCAGAAAUCUUUCUGAUUGAGAGGGGGUAAAAUACUUAUUUCCCUCAUUAAAAUGCAAAUCAAUUUAUAACAUUUUUGACAUGCUUUUUCUGGAUUUUUUGGUUGUUAUUCUGUCUCUCACUGUUCAAAUAAACCUACCAUUAAAAUUAUAGACUGAUCAUUUCUUUGUCAGUGGGCAAACGUACGAAAUCAGCAGGGGAUCAAAUACUUUUUUCCCUCGCUGUAUGCCGUUUAGCAGACGCUUUUAUCCAAAGCUACUUACAGUCAUGCAUGGAUACAUUUUACGUGCGGGUGAUCCUGGGAAUCGAACCCACUAUCCUGCCGUUGCAAAUACCAUGCUCUACCAACGGAGCUACACAGUUCUCCUCUGAGUUUUCAGUGGUUGUCCGGCCAGAGAGCAAAAAAAACACAGUUUUACCGGCGAGCGCUCUCUCUCUCUCUCUCUCAGGAAAUGUUAUCAUUCAGAACACACACGCAUGUUGGUGAAUUGCCCCCAGAAAAGUCUCCUGUGUCUGGAGAAAUAGAAGGGGGAAAGGUAUUUGUGUAGUGAAAGCAGGAGCACCAGCCAGCCACCCCUUUGUGUGUGUGUGUGUGUUUUUGGUUUUACUAUCCUUGUGGGAAGAGUAAAACAAGGAAAAUUCUGCACUUCGCCGGUCCCCACAAGGAAAAAGGCUAUUUUAGAGUUAUGGUUACAAUAAGGGUUAGGUUAAGGGUUAGUGCUGCAGAUAAAUGGGCUCCAGAGUGCAGCCCUGUGUAUAUUACCUCCUCCCACGCACCUUGAUGGACGCAGGCAGGUCACCCGUGAUACAAGUCGGUAUUCGACAUCCAUCCAUGUCUGAGGACGUCGGGAGAUGAAAUGGAAACCGGCCACUAGGGGGCAACAAUCUUCGCUGUUACCUUCAAGUAGGUUUUGGUUUUGCUAGGGCGUUGGGGAUGGUGGAUGGGCGUAAGCAUCUGACUCUCUAGUUCUAAAGGUUGCAUAUUCAAAUCCAGUGAUACAAAGUAUUUUUGUUUUAAGACUGUCCCAAACCUUAACCCUUACCUUAACCAUUCGGAGUUAAUGCCUAACCUUAAGAAUUCGGCAUUAAUUGCUAAACUUGACCUUAAACACUUAGAAAUGUAACAUUAGAGAAACAUGGAUGAAUGUUCAAUUCUGACAUGAGACUGAGAGGAUGUUGGAUGGACGAGUGCUGUUUGUCAAUUUGUCCACAUUGUCUCCCCCUAGCCCACCGCUGCUGUGAAAGGCCACAGCGCCCAGGCUUCUCUCCAUGUAGAAAAAAGACAAGAUGGCAGCCCUCAUUGUAUGAGGAAUGACUUAUAAAAAUAAUCAUCCGACAAAUGAUUUUUUAAUUAGCUUUUAAGCAUGUGUUUAGAGAAGUUAUUGCUGGUGUGUGAAUUGCGCUCUGAUAAUCUUUAUCUCGGGCCCACAGCUGCAGGCUCUAAUGGCAGACACCAUGGACACCCUUGAAGGAAGGCGGACUGAUAGAGAACGUGUGUGGAAUGAAAUGCAAAAGGUAAAUAGAGAGAAAGUGAAAAGGACAAUGAGAGGGAUGAGGGGAUGGAAAUACCAAUGUCUACACUGUACCCUCCAAACACACGCUUAGCAUUCUCCCGACAAAAUCUAAAUGAUGAUUUGACAUAUCAAAUCAGGAAAGAUUUUUUUUAUUUUGCGUUGGGAUAUCCUUGUGGCAUGCCUGUCACCUCCAUUAAGAUUUACAAUGCCUACUGAACUUUCAAAUGGCUCCCAGGAGGGAGAGGCCCAUUUCAUUUUUCAGACCAAAUUAUUUUCUUUGUUAAUUAGUGUGGCUUUGGCAUUUCAUCUCACUACGGUAUGUAGUGCUGCAAACAGACUUGGCUUGAGAACAAAACCAAGUGUAAAGCUACUGUGAUACUUUAAUGCAGAUCAGCGUAUAAACAUCAAGUCCUGUUGGGCUGGAGCCUCGUUGGACAGCUGGAAAUUAAAGAUAAAUCACAUUACAAUAUCCCUGAUUGCAUUUCCAUGCUCUCUCUCUCUCCUGUGUGGAGUUGUUUCCUGGUGACUGGUGGUUAUGGGACUGAGCAGUGGAGAAGGAUAGGGAGGGGACCCAGGCUGCAGUCAGGAGGGAGGCAGCAGGGCAGCCAGGGUUGGUGAUGAAUGGGACAGGGGGAAGAGGUGGCAUGGGGGGGCGCAGUGCAGUGCAUCACUGGGUCAGUCUAUCUCACACCCAGCGGAGCAUGACCACAUCCGUUAGUGAUGGGCUGUAUUAAUCAUGCACACACAUCGACAUACACACAUACUCUAUCACACACACACACAGACACACGCAUAUCGACACAUACUCACACCUUAAAAGCCCACUGCAAUAGGCUGAGCCCAGCGCUGGUGGAUGGGUCUUUUCACCUCCUAUCUGACCCAUACAUCAUUCCUAUGCAGGGUCUGUCAAACUGAGCAGGAGAGGGUUGGGCUGGCAAGCUGUUUCUGUUUCAAUGUUUAAACAUUCAAUCGCUGUAAUGGAUACAGUAACAGUUGUAAAUUACUUGAAUUAUUCAAUGGGACACUACAGUACUUCCCUAUUUUGAUAUUUAACAGAUUUUCACUGAAAGGUCAAGCUUUACUUACGAUAACUAACAUCACAUUUUCUAACUUAUUGGUUAGUCACCCUGAAUUUAUUGUGCAUGUUGAAUUCACAUUGUAAUUUAUCGUCAUUGUGGCGGGUGUAAUUUUCCCUGAGUUAUCGGCACUGUCUAAAAUCAGUUGUUAAACUAAGAGACGUAAGGCCAUAAGGCUGCGGAAGGAAAUGGAAGCACUGCAAGCAAUGUAGAUUACCUUAUCUUCCACUCAGCCACGCCAUCUCUCAAGUAUUUUAUGUAAGGGCCAUUUGUACUGUUACUGUAUGCGCAAAUUAGCCGGUGCUAACAUACAUGCGCCAAUCCACUCUUUAAAGUGCAUAAGGUCAUAAAAUCUCAGAUCCUCAGACCUGUAAAAUCCAUAAUCAAUGCCCGCCGGUAUUUGCUUCAUAAACUCAGCAAAAAAAGAAACAUCCUCUCACUGUCAACUUCGUUUUUUUCAGCAAACUUAACAUGUGUACAUUUUUGUAGGAACAUAACAAGAUUCAACAACUGAGACAAACUGAACAAGUUCCACAGACAUGUGACUAACAUAAAUGGAAUAAUGUGUCCCUGAACAAAGGGGGGGUCAAAAUCAAAAUCAAAAGUAACUGCAUUAAGUACUGCAGUGCAUCUCCUCCUUUUGGACUGCACCAGAUUUGCCAGUUCUUGCUGUGAGAUAUUACCCCACUCUUCCACCAAGGCACCUGCAAGUUCCCAGACAUUUCUGGGGGGAAUGGCCCUAGCCCUCACCCUCCGAUCCAACAGGUCCCAGACGUGGUCAAUGGGAUUGAGAUCCGGGCUCUUCGCUGGCCAUGGCAGAACACUGACAUUCCUGUCUUGCAGGAAAUCACGCACAGAACGAGCAGUAUGGCUGGUAGCAUUGUCAUGCUGGAGGGUCAUGUCAGGAUGAGCCUGCAGGAAGGGUACCAUGUAACGCACAGCGUUAAGAUUGCCUGCAAUGACAACAAGCUCAGUCCGAUGAUGCUGUAACACACCGCCCCAGACUAUGACGAUCCCGCUCUAGAGUACAGGCCUCAGUGUACCGCUUAUUCCUUCGACGAUAAACGCGAAUCCGACCAUCACCCCUGGUGAGACAAAACCGUGACUCGUCAGUGAAGAGCACUUUUUGCCAGUUCUGUCUGGUCCAGCGACGGUGGGUUUGUGCCCAUAGGCGACAUUGUUGCCGGUGAUGUCUGGUGUGGACCUGCCUUACAACAGGCCUACAAGCCCUCAGUCCAGCCUCUCUCAGCCUAUUGCGGACAGUCUGAGCACUGAUGGAGGGAUUGUGCGUUCCUGGUGUUGUUGUUGCCAUCCUGUACCUGUCCCGCAGGUGUGAUGUUCGGAUGUACCGAUCCUGUGCAGGUGUUGUUACACGUGGUCUGCCACUGCGAGGACGAUCAGCUGUCCGUCCUGUCUCCCUGUAGCGCUGUCUUAGGCGUCUCACAGUACGGACAUUGCAAUUUAUUGCCCUGGCCACAUCUGCAGUCCUCAUGCGUCCUUGCAGCAUGCCUAAGGCACGUUCACGCAGAUGAGCAGGGACCCUGGGCAUCUUCUUUUUGUGUUUUUCAGAGUCAGUAGAAAGGCCUCUUUUAGAGUCCUAAGUUUUAAUAACUGUGACCUUAAUUGUUUAUUAUUAUUAUUUAUUUUACAUUUUUAGCAGACGCUCUUAUCCAGAGCGACAUACAGGAGCAAUUAGGGUUAAGUGCCUUGCUCAAGGGCACAUUGACAGAUUUUUCACCUAGUCGGCUCAGGGAUUAGAACCAGAGACCUUUCAGUUACUGGCACAACGCUCUUAACCACUAAGCUACCUGCCGCCCCACCAUCUGUAAGCUGUUAGUGUCUUAACGACCGUUCCACAGUUGCAUGUUCAUUCAUUGUUUAUGGUUCAUUGAACAAGCAUGGGAAACAGUGUUUAAACCCUUUACAAUGAAGAUCUGUGAAGUUAUUUGGAUUUUUACAAAUUAUCUUUGAAAGACAAGGGUCCUGAAAAAGGUAUGUUUAUUUUUUUGCUGAGUUUAUAUCCUGAGAGUGACGACCAACCAUUUCUCAACACCAUCAUUUAUUGAGUGCGGCCACUCGACGCCUACCGAAAUAUUAGAGGUGGCAAGUUAAUUUUCCCUUCUCUUCGGCUCUCUUCAACUGGCAUAAAUCAGCAGGGCAUUAACUAACAAAUAGAAAUGACGACUUGAUUCUGACACAGGUCUGCAUAAACAUUGUUUUCCUGCAUACACAUUGUUUUCCUGUUUGUUUUUGGCCAGUCAUUAUAAGGACAUUGGCCCUUGCUGUAAAUAAAUGACAUAAAAAUAACUGCACUUUCCCCAGUUUCGGCAGACGGACGGCAUCAAUGUUUUCCGCUCCAUAAAAUAUCUAUAAGAAAUGUGGACUGCACCGCAGCGCUGUAGUGUUUUACUCAAACUUCAGAAUAUUUCCAACCCCCUCCCCCUGAAAAGAUGGAAAAGCUUACAAUCAGUGCAUCUGUGAGUGCUUGUACAGGAGUCUGUGCUCAAACGACACAAAGCAAAAGUACAAAGUAGUCCUAAACUGUGACUCACCACAAAGUUUCAUUGUUAUUGAUUUGGAAACUAAUUUGACUUGAAAACAGUGAAAAGGUCACAAUGUUUUAAGGGCUGUAUUGACUGGGUUAUUUUGAAUACAUUGAGGGUCAGUCGAUAGGGUAACACUCCGUCACCGUUGUGAUGAGGGCUGACAGGUUUGAUGGACACUUUGACAGGUGUCAUAUCACAGCUCAGCUCCAUGGGCAUGGCAUGGCAGCCUCUGUAGACACACACAUAGAGCCUGGCGGGUAGGAGCGUUGGGCCAGUAACCGAAAGUAUUUUUUAGUUGUAUUGUGUUUGUAUAUCGUAUUUUAAAUUUCUGUGACUGUUCUUGUCUGUCAGUGUUUUGUUACUUCCUGGACCCCAGGAAGAGUAGCUGCUGCUUCUGCAAAAUAUAAUGGGUAUCCAAAUAAACAAAUAGAUAGAUAGCACAGCCACCUCAGUCAGCCCCGGGCCCUGGGCCCUCUGAAGCUGCUGCUGCUUUUCAUAUAGAAAGUGGUGCAGAUGCGGCCUGCAAACCAAUGGAGAGGCUAAUUGUUGUUCAAAUGGAGUCCCAGGUUCUAAGGUGUAUGGGGGGGGGGGGUGGAGUGUGUAUGUAAGGUGAGAAAGUGCAGCCCCACUUCUCCUGCUCUGAGUUUAGGUGAAUCCCCAGGGUAUGGCUGUGGAGUUUGGUCUCAGAUCCCACGAAUAGAAACAGACACCCCAGCACCACCACCUCCACCAUCAGACUGGCUCCUCUGUCAGUCACAACACACAAAUCCCUCUCUCACCCUGUCUCUUUCAGUCUCUCUAUAUUGUAUCUCCCCUCUAUCUCACUCUUUCUCUUUCAGUUUCUUUCGUUCUUUUAUUUCCCCCUCUCUCUCUCCUUCUCUCUCACCUCAGCCUCACUUUGAGUGCUCCCUCUCUGUCUCUCCCCGGUACUCCAAAUAGGUUUUUCUAAAUUCAUCUCUUCAUCAUACAUUCACUUUCAUAUUUCACUCCCUUUCUCCUCCUCCCUUUCUCUGGUAUGAGCGCGGGCUGCGCACAGUAAAUUCUCACACCAAGCCUUCACCUCACAAAUGAAUGAGGGAAGUACAGGCCAAACCCUACAUCUCUACCAGGUAAUUACUUCCCUGGAGGGGCAGAAAGGAGAGGAGGGGCUGAGCUGCUGGGCUUGGCUCGCAACACCAUAAAAAAAUAAAAAAUAAUGUCACACUAAACACAGUGAGGGAAAAAAGUAUUUGAUCCCCUUCUGAUUUUGUACGUUUGCCCACUGACAAAGACAUGAUCAGUCUAUAAUUGUAAUGGUAGGUUUAUUUUAACAGUGAGAGACAGAAUAACAACAAAAAAAUCCAGAAAAACGCAUGUCAAAAAUGUUAUAAAUUGAUUUUCAUUUUAAUGAGGGAAAUAAGUAUUUGACCCCUCUGCAAAACAUGACUUAGUACUUGGUGGCAAAACCCUUGUUGGCAAUCACAGAGGACAGACGUUUCUUGUAGUUGGCCACCAGGUUUGCACACAUCUCAGGAGGGAUUUUGUCCCACUCCUCUUUGCAGAUCUUCUCCAAGUCAUUAAGGUUUCGAGGCUGACGUUUGGCAACUUGAAGCUUCAGCUCCCUCCACAGAUUUUCUAUGGUAUUAAGGUCUGGAGACUGGCUAGGCCACUUCAGGACCUUAAUGUGCUUCUUCUUGAGCCACUCCUUUGUUGCCUUGGUUGUGUGUUUUGGGUCAUUGUCAUGCUGGAAUACCCAUCCACGACCCAUUUUCAAUGCCCUGGCUGAGGGAAGGAGGUUCUCACCCAAGAUUUGACGGUACAUGGCCCCGUCCAUUGUCCCUUUGAUGCGGGGAAGUUGUCCUGUCCCCUUAGCAGAAAAACAUCCCCAAAGCAUAAUGUUUCCACCUCCAUGUUUGACGGUGGGGAUGGUGUUCUUGGGGUCAUAGGCAGCAUUCCUCCUCCUCCAAACACGGCGAGUUGAGUUGAUGCCAAAGAGCUCGAUUUUGGUCUCAUCUGACCACAACACUUUCACCCAGUUCUCCUCUGAAUCAUUCAGAUGUUAAUUGGCAAACUUCAGACGGCCCUGUAUACAGUGGGGGAAAAAAGUAUUUAGUCAGCCACCAAUUGUGCAAGUUCUCCCACUUAAAAAGAUGAGAGAGGCCUGUAAUUUUCAUCAUAGGUACACGUCAACUAUGACAGACAAAUUGAGAAAAAAAAUCCAGAAAAUCACAUUGUAGGAUUUUUUAUGAAUUUAUUUGCAAAUUAUGGUGGAAAAUAAGUAUUUGGUCACCUAUAAACAAGCAAGAUUUCUGGCUCUCACAGACCUGUAACUUCUUCUUUAAGAGGCUCCUCUGUCCUCCACUCGUUACCUGUAUUAAUGGCACCUGUAUGAACUUGUUUUUGAGUGAAAACCUCCUUCCAUCAGCAACGGCAUUGAAGAUGAAACGUGGCUGGGUCUUUCAGCAUGACAAUGAUCCCAAACACACCGCCCGGGCAACGAAGGAGUGGCUUCGUAAGAAACAUUUCAAGGUCCUGGAGUGGCCUAGCCAGUCUCCAGAUCUCAACCCCAUAGAAAAUCUUUGGAGGGAGUUGAAAGUCCGUGUUGCCCAGCGACAGCCCCAAAACAUCACUGCUCUAGAGGAGAUCUGCAUGGAGGAAUGGGCCAAAAUACCAGCAACAGUGUGUGAAAACCUUGUGAAGACUUACAGAAAACGUUUGACCUGUGUCAUUGCCAACAAAGGGUAUAUAACAAAGUAUUGAGAAACUUUUGUUAUUGACCAAAUACUUAUUUUCUACCAUAAUUUGCAAAUAAAUUCAUUAAAAAUCCUACAAUGUGAUUUUCUGGAUUUUUUUUUCUCAUUUUGUCUGUCAUAGUUGACGUGUACCUAUGAUGAAAAUUACAGGCCUCUCUAAUCUUUUUAAGUGGGAGAACUUGCACAAUUGGGGGCCAAGCUUCCUGCCAAGCUUCCUGACAUCCAGGACCUCUAUACCAGGCGGUGUCAGAGGAAGGCCCUCAAAAUUGUCAAAGACUCCAGCCACCCUAGUCAUAGACUGUUCUCUCUGCUACCGCACGGCAAGCGGUACCGGAGUGCCAAGUCUAGGUCCAAAAGACUUCUCAACAGCUUCUACCCCCAAGCCAUAAGACUCCUGAACAGCUAAUCAUGGCUACCCGGACUAUUUGCACUGCCCCCCCACCCCAUCCUUUUUACGCUGCUGCUACUCUGUUAAUUAUUUAUGCAUAGUCACUUUAACUCUACCCACAUGUACAUAUUACCUCAACUACCUCAACUAGCCGGUGCCCCCGCACAUUGACUCUGCAACGGUACCCCCCUGUAUAUAGCCUCCCUACUGUUAUUUUAUUUUACUUCUGCUCUUUUUUUUCUCAACACUUUUUUUGUUGUUUUAUUUUAAUUUUUUUUGUUAAAAAUAAAUGCACUGUUGGUUAAGGGCUGUAAGUAAGCAUUUCACUGUAAUGUCUGCACCUGUUGUAUUCGGCGCAUGUGACCAAUACAAUUUGAUUUGAUUUGAUUUGACUAAAUACUUUUUUCCCCCAGUGUAUGUGCUUUCUUGAGCAGGGGGACCUUGCGGGCGCUGCAGGAUUUCAGUCCUUCACGGCGUAGUGUGUUACCAAUUGUUUUCUUGGUGACUAUGGUCCCAGCUGCCUUGAGAUCAUUGACAAGAUCCUCCCGUGUAGUUCUGGGCUGAUUCCUCACCGUUCUCAUGAUCAUUGCAACUCCACGAGGUGAGAUCUUGCAUGGAGCCCCAGGCUGAGGGAUAUUGACAGUUCUUUUGUGUUUCUUCCAUUUGCGAAUAAUCGCACCAACUGUUGUCACCUUCUCACCAAGCUGCUUGGCGAUGGUCUUGUAGCCCAUUCCAGCCUUGUGUAGGUCUACAAUCUUGUCCCUGACAUCCUUGGAGAGCUCUUUGGUCUUGGCCAUGGUGGAGAGUUUGGAAUCUGAUUGAUUGAUUGCUUCUGUGGACAGGUGUCUUUUUAUAUAGGUAACAAGCUGAGAUUAGGAGCACUCCCUUUAAGAGUGUGCUCCUAAUCUCAGCUCGUUACCUGUAUAAAAGACACCUGGGAGCCAGAAAUCUUUCUGAUUGAGAGGGGGUCAAAUACUUAUUUCCCUCAUUAAAAUGCAAAUCAAUUUAUAACAUUUUUGACAUGCAUUUUCUGGAUUUUUUUGUUGUUAUUCUGUCUCUCACUGUUCAAAUAAACCUACCAUUAAAAUUAUAGACUGAUAAUUUAUUUGUCAGUGGGCAAACUUACAAAAUCAGCAGGGGAUCAAAUACUUUUUUCCCUCACUGUAUAUAACUUCACGCUCCUCUGGAAAAUCUGUCUACAUGUGAAAAUUGUUAGUUAUUGCUUAUAGCACACUGUAACUUGUUCUGUUCUCUUGUGUUUUGAAUUGUUUUCUGCUCAGGUGGGGAUGUUGGAGGAUCUGUUGUUCCAACUGGAGGAGACGUAUCUGAAGAACAAGGCUCAGAGGGCCAGUAGGAAGCAGAGGGCCGGGGCCCAGGGGGCAGAGGGGAAAGCCAGGGGAAGAUCCAAAGCAGGGGUCAAAAUAGGGGCCAAAGGAGGGGCUACAGUGGUGAUGGACAAGGACAAAGGCCUUCCCACUGAAAUCCAGCGGGAGACAGUAGUAACACCAAUGACCUUACCAGACCCAGGAUCUGACAGCCAGGACAGUGGAGGCCCGACGUCGUCCUCAUCCUCAAAAUGA